UGUGCAGCGUCUAGCAAAUAACUGACAUCGAACGUUGUUUAAAUGUACAUCUAAACGUGUUCGAGAAUUCUCCUUCGAAGAAUCGUUGUAAUUCAGAAAUGGUUGUUUUGGGGAGGAAUCUGGUCAAUUGAGUCUUCCAGUUUUGCAGGUUUUUGAAGUUUUUGUGUGUGGUGUCAAGGUUACACCCAUGGGAUAUCUGAUCUGAUCUGAUCUGAGGCAUUGGGAGCUUCAUAUGUUUUGAAACAUUUUGUGCUUUUUGCAGCAGACGAGGCUGAAAACUAUGGCGUUUGGAUGCUGUUAAUUUCUCAAAAGUGAUUUAAAACCUUGAGUUUUCAUCUUGCGCUAUUAAGUUUGAGAGAAGGCAGAUCAGGGGUCACAAAAAAGCUGAAACUCGAUCUCACCUGAGACUGAAUCUCACUACAAACACACUUCAGCAGUGCAGCUUGUGCAUAACUUCCUGUUACACUGACAAGUGGUGCGAUGGAGGCAGAAGCUAACUCACAGGAAACAUCUCCACUUAUGUCUGAAGGCAUGUGGUGGGGCACCCUUGGGUCUGUUCGGCCCUUCCCAAAUUUCCGUCCCGAGAGAGAUGUUACAGUUCUUCAUACUGCACUGGAGAAGAAAGAUGUGAGCACCCUUGUGAGAAUACUAACCAAUCGCAGUAAUGCUCAGAGACAAACUCUUGCCCGGGCCUACAAGAAUUUCUCACAAAAGGAAUUGGACGCAGGUCUAAAAAAGGUUCUUUCUGGUGAUCUGCAGUCUUUGAUGCUUGGACUGAUGAUGAUACCAGAGCAGUUUGAGGCCCAUCGCUUACGCAAAGCCAUGGAGGGUGCUGGCACAGAUGAAGAAACUCUUUUGGAGAUUCUGUGCACAAGGACUCCACAGCAGCUCUCUGACAUCAGGACCACAUACAAUCAAGAGUAUAAGCGGGAUUUGGAGAAAGACUUGAUAAGUGAAACCAGUGGAGAUUUUUCAAAGCUCAUUGUGGCGUUGUUGAAGAAAGAGAAUGGGCCAGGAAGUAUUGACCAGGAUAUAGCAUCUUUAUCUGAGGAGCUGAAAAACAAGAAACCUGCAGCUGAUAUUUGGAUCAAAAUACUCACCACAAGAAACCCAGACCAUCUUAGAACUGUGCUGGAACAAGUGGAGUUUGAGAAAGGGCAGACAGUGGAGGACGCUAUAGAGGGACAUUUUAAAGGACUCCUCUCUGGAGAUAUGAAAAAAGGCUUAAAAACACUAGUACGAUGUAUACAAAACCAGUAUUUGUUCUUGGCACAACGGAUCCAAACUAUGAAAGCACCGGUGGUCCAGGGUGUGAUGGUGUCUCACAGUGAGGAGGAUCUGCUGAGAGUUCGAGUGGCAUACCUUCAGGCAACGGGAACUUCCCUGUACACGGCCUUACAGAAGCAGUUCAAAGGUGAACUCCAGCAGUGUUUGUUGGCUAUAUGCCGUGCAGAAGAUUAGAGGAAGUGCUACGUGUGACCCAAAUGAUAAACAUUCACGUGCACACAGUAAAAGCACAUUCCGUUCAUGAAUUGCUGUUAAACAACAGCUUUGUGUCUGGAAAACAAAUAAAGAAAAAAAUAAAAUGUUACUGAGAAU